GCAAAAUAUUGAGUUGAGAAGUUCUACAUAUUUUGGUACAUGUAACAAGUGAGAUUUUUGAGGCCCAAAACAUUUGAGUCGCAGGAGAUUGGCACAAAAGUUGCAAAAUGAUUGAAGAAGUAUAUUUUUCUCUUAUAUUUCUUUCUUGGCUUCUUUUUCCGGUAUGGAACAGGGAGCUGCAUCUUGCAUAUUCUAUGAUUGAAACUCAUUGACUGUAUUGGAUUUGGCCUCUUGAAUCAAAACUUGGAUAAGACGAGUUUGCAUAAAACUUUCUUUUUUUCAGGUACUAAUAUCUGUAGCAGGGAAAGAACAUCUGCCGGACAAGAUCCAUUAAGAGGGAUCUGCAUUUUUCUAGAGAGUGAAAUGCUAGCUUUAUCAGAAUCCUAUGUUGAAAUGGGUUCAUGGUUGCUCUUGACACUUAUGGCGGAGGCAUUGGGAAUAGCAGUAGGCAAAUACACAUACGUACACGAAGUGGGUAAAGGGCCACCUGAAGCCAUUGACGCACAUCAUAUUGUGGUGAGAAGGAGUAGAGAAAAGGGUUCCAAUUUAUGCCUCUUUACUCUUCUCCUUUUUGCUUAUCCAUCAUUUCUCUUAUUCCAAAAGGGAAAGCUAGAUACUCUUCAUAUUUGGAGCUUAGUUAUCAUGGCAUUGCUCAUUAGGUUAUUCCUAAAGAAGCCAGUUAAGAAAGAGUCUGUUCUAAUUCUGCCAGCUUUUGGAGUUCAACUUGAGACUCAGUAUGGAAGUGGGAAAACAGUUCACCAGUUUGUCCCCGUUAGCAGGAUUUUGAAACCAGUGCUAACAGAAUGUGUCACCCCAGUUACCUGUUAUUGGAGUCUAUCUUUGAUUAUUCGAGGGGAGGAAGAACUUAUGCUAGUUUUCAAGGAAUUGCGUCCACCAGUGAAAAUGUUGGCGCCCAUCUGGAAGGCUUUAUGUGCUGCCAUCGAAUGUAGAGAAUGCACGGAGGCUAUUACAUAGAUUGUACAAGUAUAACCUCAACUGAUUCAAUUUUUAGUAUAAUUUAUUUCAGCACUUGUUUGUAUUCUUUACGUUGAAAGUUGUAAAUGGCAUGAUAUAGUUCCCAUAUGUCAUCACACAUGCUUCCUGCAAAAGGCUACUCAUAUGAGCUGCUUACUGCAUUGGAACCACUUCUCAUA